AUGUCAGAUCCAAGUGCAAGAAUCAUUUCUCAUAUGAAUAAAGAUCAUCAAUUAUCUUUAAAUGAUUAUGUUAUCAUAUACGGUUCAGUUAAUCCAAAAUACUUAGUUGAAGACUCAGUUCAAAUCACAAAAGUUGAUACAGAUCAAAUCGUAAUUGAGUAUGAUGUUAUUAAACCACCAGCAACAAGAACACUAGCUCUUUAUUGGUCAGAUGCUAAAGAAGAUUCAAAUUUAGAGGUUAAAGAAUAUUCAGAUAUCAAAGGGAAAUUAGUAUCAAUGGCAAAAUAUUGUGCUGCACAACAAGGAUAUGCAGUGAAAAAGAUUACAAAAAUUGUUGGACCUAAUAUUGUUGAUUUUGUAAUGUACCCUGCUUGGAUUGUAUUAAUAUUAAAUGCUUAUAAUCCUUUAAUUUUAAAAAAUUUGUUUGCAAACGAUCAAUUAUUUAAUAAAAUUAUCAAUUAUUUACCAUCAAUUGCAUUUUCAAUUUAUAAAUUUACUGAAACGCAUGCUUUAAAAAUUAUUUAUGCUUUAGCUGCUGCUCAUUUAGGUGAAGUUAGUUUUAUUACAUUACCAUUAUUGAAAAAACAUAGAGCUCCUACUAGGGUUAAAUUAAUUUAUUCUAUUAUGAAUUUUAUUGAAGGUUUUCCAGUUUUAUUAAGAUUAAAAAAAUUAACUAAAUAA